AUGCCGUCCAGUGUUGGAGCGGGCAGCCCCGCGGCGGCUGUGGCUGAGGCGCUGGAGAACUCUGCCCGACUCAUAGACCGACACCUGCAGGAGGACCGCUGCUUCCCAGACCUGUCCGAGCUGCUCAGUGUCCCCUCUCACCACAUGACCACUCUCUCUGGGGUGUCGGACAUGGAUUACCCGCUGCAGGGUCAGGGUCUCCUCUCGGUGCCGAACCUCCCGGAGCUCAGUGCAGUUCGUCACAUCCCUCUGCCCCCAGAGCUGGUGGAGCAGUUCAGCCACAUGCAGUGUAACUGUAUGAUGGGUGUGUUCCCUGAGAUCUCUCGUGCCUGGCUGACCAUCGACAACGACAUCUUCAUGUGGAAUUAUGAAGACGGUGGAGAUGUUGCAUAUUUUGAUGGCCUCAUUGAAACUAUUUUAGCCGUGGGUCUGGUGAAGCCAAAACCAGGGAUUCUACAGCCGCACAUCCAUUAUCUGUUGGUGUUGGCCACUUCUGUAGAUGUCGUUAUCCUGGGGCUCAGUUUUCCCAAGAACCAGGGAGGCCUGAACGACAGCAUGUCCGGAGGGAUGCAGCUGCUUCCAGACCCGCUCUUCUCCAUCCCCACCGACAACGUCUACAUCGUCUCCAUCACCUCCACCGACCUGGGGCGAAUCUUCAUGGCGGGCAAAGAUGGCUGCCUGUACGAGGUGGCGUACCAGGCCGAGGCCGGGUGGCUCAGCCAGCGCUGCCGCAAGAUCAACCACUCCAAGAGCACCCUGUCCUUCCUGGUGCCCUCCCUGCUCCAGUUCUCCUUCUCUGAGGACGAUCCUAUUGUGCAGAUUUCCAUCGAUAAUUCUAGAAACAUCCUCUUCACACGAUCUGAGAAAGGAGUUUUACAGGUGUAUGACCUCGGUGCUGAUGGACAGGGCAUGAGUCGUGUGGCAACAAUGUCCCAGAAUGCAAUUGUGGCGGCGGCUGGGAAAAUUGCCAGGACGAUUGAUCGUUCGGUUUUCAAACCUAUCGUCCACAUUUCAGUGAUCACCAGUUCUGAGUCGUCAGACUGCCAUCUGCUGGCCGUGUCUCACGCAGGUGUGCGUCUGUACUUUACCACCGCCCCCUUCGCCCCUGCGCUGCAGAAGCACCUCCCUGUUCGGCCGAGCCUGUUGUCUCUGGUCCACGUGCGUCUCCCUCCAGGGUUCUCUGCUUCUUCUACGCUUCAGAAACCAUCAAAGGUCCACAAGGCGCUCCAUAGUAAAGGGGUCCUGAUCAUGGCGGCGUCUGAGGCCGAGGACAGCGACGUCCUGUGGUGCAUUAACCACGACUCCUUCCCCUUUAAGAAGCCGCUGAUGGAGACUCAGAUGAUGUCGAGCGUUGACGGUCACUCGUGGGCGCUGUGUUCCAUCCCUGAAGAGCAGCAGAGCAGGAUCUCGACCCCUCUGAACAAAGAUCACAUCCCGGUCACAGACGCGCCACUCGUCGUUCAGCAGCACAACGUCCCCCCACAGAAGUUUGUUCUUCUCUCUGCAAAGGGCAGUCACAUUUUCCAGAAGCUCCGUCCGGUGGAUCAGCUGCGCCACCUGCUGGUGAGCUGUGCUGGAGGAGAGAGUGAGGAGAUGGAGAGGUUCUUCAAGCUCCACAAGAUCACGAACUCUCACGACCUCUCACUCUGCAGAUCACGACCUCUCACUCCUUUAACUCUGCAGAACACAACCUCUCACUCUGCAGAACACGACCUCUCACUCCUCUCACUCUGCAGAUCACGACCUCUCACUCCUCUCACUCUGCAGAUCACGACCUCUCACUCCUCUCACUCUGCAGAUCACGACCUCUCACUCCUCUCACUCUGCAGAUCACGACCUCUCACUCCUCUCACUCUGCAGAACACGACCUCUCACUCUGCAGAACACGACCUCUCACUCUGCAGAACACAACCUCUCACUCUGCAGACCAUGACCUCUCACUCUGCAGACCACGACCUCUCACUCUGCAGAACACAACCUCUCACUCUGCAGAACACAACCUCUCACUCUGCAGAACACGACCUCUCACUCCGCAGACCACGACCUCUCACUCUGCAGACCACGACCUCUCACUCUGCAGAACACGACCUCUCACUCUGCAGAACACGACCUCUCACUCCGCAGACCACGACCUCUCACUCUGCAAAACACAACCUCUCACUCUGCAUAUCACACCCUCUCACUCUGCACAACAGGACCUCUCACUCGGCAAAACACAACCUCUCACUCUGCAGAACACAACCUCUCACUUUUCACAACACGACCUCUCACUCCUCUCACUCUGCAGAUCACGACCUCUCACUCCUCUCACUCUGCAGAUCACGACCUCUCACUCCUCUCACUCUGCAGAUCACGACCUCUCACUCUGCAGAACACGACCUCUCACUCCUCUCACUCUGCAGAUCACGACCUCUCACUCCUCUCACUCUGCAGAACACGACCUCUCACUCCUCUUCCUCUGCAGAACACAACCUCUCACUCUGCACAACAGGACCUCUCACUCUGCACAACACGACCUCUCACUCUGCAGAUCACAUCCUCUCACUCUGCAGAUCACACCCUCUCACUCUGCACAACACGACCUCUCACUCUGCAGAACACGACCUCACUCUGCAGAUCUCACUCUCACUGUCUCCACUGUUUCAGGAGGAACAAGCCUGUGCCACGGCCCUGAUCCUGUCCUGCUCCACCGCGGCCUGUGACCGGGAGGUGUCACAGUGGGCCACACGGGCCUUCUUCAGAUAUGGAGGAGAGGCACAGAUGCGGUUUCCUGCAGCUUUGACCAAUCCCAGCACCGUGGGGCCCCUCAUGAGCUCUCCAGCUCCAGGUGUCGUUCCCCCGGCUUUCGCAGCUCCCUUCACUCCUCUGCCCUCGGGCUCAGCUCCGAUGUCGGGUCCUGGACCAGAAGUGAUUUUCUCUGGAAAACACAACGGAAUCUGCAUCUACUUCACUCGCAUUCUGGGGCCCAUAUGGGAUGGGAGUCUGGCCGUGGAGAAAACCAUAAGUAAAGGAACUCAAAAUGUCAAUAUUCUGGAAAGUAGUGUCAGCUCCGUGGACCUGGAGGCUGUGCUGAAGGAGCUCUGUGGACUGCGAGAGUUUCUGGAUAAAAAUUCACAGUUCAAUCCAUCGUCGCUCGAUGCUGUCAGUUUUAACUCCCCGGCCAAUUUACAGCAGCGGCUUCUGGGGUUUAUGCGACCUGAUGGAGCCAACACGCAGCAGGUUCAGCAGGAGCUCCAGAGGAAAUAUCACACCAAGGCCCAGCUGUAUGAGAAGGUGUCCCUGCAGGGCAUCCAGCAGCUCGUCCAUCGCUCACAUCAGACCUUAGCUCUGUGGAAGCUCCUCUGCGAUCACCAGUUCAGCCUCAUCAUGUCAGAGCUGCCCAGGGACAUCCAGGAGCAGAUGAAGGGGGUGUGUUUCAAGGACGUGGUGAUCCGAGGGAAGGAGCUGUCCGGCGCCCUUAUCACGGCCAUCAUCAACGUCUACAUCAAAGACAACGCUUCUGUGGACGCCAUCAGCACUCACCUCCGCGACCUCUGCCCUCUGCUCUACAGCAACGACGACUGCAUCUGCUCCAAGGCCAACGAGCUGCUGCAGAGCUCAAAGCAGAUUGCGAGUAAAGCGGAAAAGGAGCGGACGCUGCGGGAGUCUCUGCGGCUGUACCAGCAGAUCAGCCAACACACCGACCUGUCGCUGGUGUGCGCCCAGUACAGACAAGUUCGUUUCUAUGAGGGCGUCCUGGAGCUGUGCCUCACAUCUGCAGACAAGAAGGACCCGCAGAGAUUCGGUCCUCAUUACUAUAAAAAUGGGGAGCCAGAAGACGACCGAGUGGGUCAGCAAGCGUUUCAGGAGAGACUGUUGUGUUACAAAUGCAUCACGGAUACGAUGCAGGAGCUCGUGAACCAGAGCAAAGCGGCGCCUCAGUCUCCCAGUGUCCCCAAGCAGCCGGGACCCCCCGUGCUGACCUCGGACCCCAACAUGCUCAGCAACGAGGAGGCCACUGCACAUUUUGAGCAGAUGCUGGGGCUGGCUCAGAGGUCGCAGGACGAACUGUUCCACAUCGCUCUGUACAACUGGCUGAUCCAGGCCGAGCUGACCGACAAACUGCUGGAGGUGAACUCGGCGCACCUGGAGGAACACCUGAUGCACAUGAUCAAACAGGACCAGAGCAAAGUCCACAACAUGGACUUGUUGUGGCGCUACUACGAGAAGAACCGCAACUUUGGGAAAGCGGCGCACGUUCUGGCGCGGCUCGCCGACAUGCACAGCUCUGAGAUCUCCCUGAAGCAGCGUCUGGAGUACGUUGCCAGAGCGAUCCUGUCGGCCAAGAGCGCCUCCUGCAUCUCUGCUCAAGCCGCGGACGGAGAGUUCCUGCACGAGCUGGAGGCCAAGAUGGAGCUCGCUCGAAUUCAAGUCCAAAUCCAAGAAACCCUCCUGAGGCACUACUCUCACCAUCCCUCAGUGAAGACGGUGGUCUCUCAGCUGGACUCAGAACUCAUGGACCUCACCAAGUUGUAUGGAGAGUUUGCAGACCUGUACAAACUGUCUGAGUGUAAGUUGGCGAUCAUCCACUGUGCCGGACACUCUGACCCGGUCCUGGUUCACUCUCUGUGGCAAGAAAUCAUGGAGAAAGAGCUGUCCGACUCUGUGGCCAUGAGUCCUUCAGAUCGGAUGAGAUCUGUGAGUCUGAAGCUGGUCUCUUUGGGAAAGAUGUACGCAGGAACUCCCCGAUACUUCCCUCUGGAGUUCCUGGUGCGGUUCCUGGAGCAGGAGGUGUGUCGGCUGCAGUGGGACGUGGGGUUCGUGAGCCGGACUCUGCUGGAGAUCGGGGUCCAGUUGCCGCGGCUCUUUGAGGUCUACGACCAGCUCUUCAAGACUCGGGAUCCGUGUUGGCAGCGGCUGAAGAAGCCUCUGCACCUGGUGGAGUGUGUCCAUGUGCUUCUGUCGAGCUUCGUGGAUGAUCCCAGUAAAGUGCCCACAUACGACCGACGGAGAUUCACAAACGUGUGUCUGGACAACAUCUGUGGUUAUCUGGUGGAGCUGCAGUCUCUGAGCCCCAACUCUGCUCUGCAGCAAAUCAUCGGCAACUUCAAAGCUCUGCAGAGCAAGCUGGAGACGCUGCACUGA